GGGGCAGUGCUCAGAGGUGUGUGGGGGGGGGGGAGACAAGGGGUAGUGCUCAGAGGUGGGUGGGGGGUGGAACCAAGGGGCAGUGCUCAGAGGUGUGUGGGGAGCGGAGACAAGGGGCGGUGCUCAGAGGUGUGGGGGGGGCGGAGACAAGGGACGGUGCUCAGAGGUGUGUGGGGGGCGGAGACAAGGGGCGGUGCUCAGAGGUGGGCGGGGGGGCAGAGACAAGGGGCGGUGCUCAGAGGUGGGCGGGGGGCGGAGACAAGGGGCGGUGCUCAGAGGUGGGCGGGGGGGCAGAGACAAGGGGCGGUGCUCAGAGGUGUGUGGGGGGCGGAGACAAGGGGCGGUGCUCAGAGGUGGGCGGGGGGGCAGAGACAAGGGGUGACUCAGAAGGGGGAGUUUCUCCACCUAUUCUCUGAGAGCCCUGAUUUGGACAGUACCAUUGACAGGAAGUGUGUUGAGCUGCAUUGA